AUGCUCUUCAACAAGUCUAUCUUCGCCGUGGCCAUUGUGGCUUUGGCUAAUGUUGUGACUGCCACCACCGUGCAAACCCCGGCCUGUGUUCUCAAAAUCAUCGGCAACCAAGCCAACCCGGCCGAUUCGAAGACUAUCUGCGGCUCGAGCGCUAGCAAGAUCCAGUCUGAUAUUUCCAAGAACUGUGCCGAUAGCCAGGCUUCCCUGAAAUUCUUCGUCAACAACUGCGCCCUGCUCGGCCACAAAGUUGUGGCUGAUGUUUCCACCACUACUGGCACCUCUGAUAUCUCUACUGCCACCGGCACUGCUGGGGGCUCUACAGCCACCGGCUUCGUCACCGCUGUCUCCUCUGUCUCUGCUACCAAGACUGGUGCUUCCGUUGCUACUGGCACUGCCUCCAACCCUGCUACUGGUACCUCGGCGAUCAGCACUGGCACCGCCUCCGAGUCUGGUGUCGUCGCGUCCGCUUCUCCGACUUUCAACGCCGCUGCGUCCGACCGCCACUUCUCCGCCACCAGCUUUGUUGCCGUGGUGUUCCUCGGCGCUGCUGCUUUGCUGUAA